CACCUAUAUAAAUAUUUGCAAUUUGUUUCUGUUAUCGAAUUUUCUUAGCAAUUUUAUAUCCAGCACGAAAACUGCUGUUAAAACAAUUCAUAAUGUUGUCUUUAAUCUCGUGAAUUGUAAAAUUCAACAAAUAAAUCGAAAUUUUAACUAUAGUUAAUUCCUUCAAGUAUUCCAAUUAAAUUGUUGUUUAUAUGAUGAGAUUAUAAUUUCAAGAAAGCAAUUAUCGAGAAAAAAAUGAGCGAACAGUUGAAUAUAACUGUGAGACCAGAAGAUCGACUCGAUGCCAAGUGGUUGAAAACAGAUUUACAAAGAUUCUUUCGAAGAGAUGGAUUGGCAGAAUUAUGGAACGAAAUGGUUCGAGUUGGAGAGAUCGUUGGUCAUUUUAGUGAUGGUCUAAUAAACACUGCAGGCGUACUUGCUAAGAAAGGCGACAGUGGACAUUAUUAUUGCAAUCAACGUGUUCUUUCCUGUCCAUGCUGCGAUGGAAUUUGCGGUCCACAAAGUGGUUGUAAUUGUAUUCACUGUCAAAAGUUGGAUGAAGAAGAAGCAUCAAGAGUUACGUCGCUAAUUGAAAAUUGUAUUCCUACGGAACAUAUGAUUGAUUCCUGGUUAUGGGGCACGCAACCAUCGGCAAGUGAUUUAUCAAAUUGCAUUGAUUCAUCAAUAAAAGAACAACGAGGUUUGAUACACGAAGCAGCAAAUAGCACUCUCUCGGCAACAAGAUUACGCCAACGUUUAGUUAUUGCACGUCGUUAUUUUACGGCUCUAUCACGUCAUAAACCCCAGGAAGUUAGAGAAACAAUAUCAUCACCUAGAACUAUUGUCAAGCAACAAAAAUUUGUUCAACCAAGGGAAAAGGCAUCUCUUGGAUUAGCUCGAGUUGGUUCACGGGCAGCUUUAAAUUUUUCCUUCGCCUAUUUACGACGCGCUUGGCGCUCCGGCGAGGAUAUUGACAUUUGCAGCGAAUUAUUAACAGAAUCAUUGGAAGCACUUCAAUCACUACCGGAAGCGACAUUAUUUGAUGAGAAUAAUGUCUCACAAGUUUGGCUCGAAGUUGUCGAACGAUCGGCGAAAUUUCUCCGUCAAGUUGUUACUGGAGAAGUCAUUACGGGAAGAUCCUGGUGUCCAGUACCAGUAACCGAUCAACACACCGCUCUCUGUUUACUCCUAGAAUUAGCAACCCAGCGAGGAACACUCUCAAGUCUUCUCGAUGCUGUCAUUUUACUUUUACAUCUCAGCGGAAAGUCAAAAAAUCAAGACAAUCGUGUCAUACCCCCAGGAAGUUGUGCUCCCCUAAUACCUCUACUUCGCCGAUUGAGUAGCAUACAAGCGCAAAAAUCACGUCGUCUAGACGAUAAAUUCACACCCGGUCCCUGUCAAGUUCUCCUCAAGUAUCUUCGCCUACCCGAUGACGACACUGUUGCCGUGGAUUUACGAAAAGCAGCCGUUGUCAUAAUGUGUCAUCUCAGUAGAUUAGCAACCCCAUUGCUACCACCAUUAAUUCCUGAUGGUUUUUCAAAGAACCAAUCGACCACCUUUCAGGAAGUGUUAGCAUGGGGUGGAAUUAAAUUCGCCAGCGAUACUUCGCCCUUCUAUUGCGACGCCAUUGCCGAAUUGGGAGUUAAACAGUUGAGUUGCACUGAACGUUCGCUGGUAAUUUUGUCUCUUAGCGGAAAAGUCUUUAUGAUGUACUACGGAUCGGAGAUACAGUACCCGCAGAAGAUUCACGGUUUUUUGGAGAAGACGGUGGUGAUGAUUGCCUCACACCCGGAUGGAAAGCAUUAUCUAGCGUUGACGGAGGAGAACCUGGUGUAUUCUUGGGGCAAUGGAGAUGGAGGAAGACUGGGACAUGGCGACAGUAUUUCGUGUGAGGAACCAACUGUGAUUGAUAUUUUGAGUGAUAAGGGAGUCUGCUUCAUAGCCUGUGGGAGUACGUAUUCGGCCUGUGUGACAAGAACCGGAGAAUUGUACACUUGGGGUCGUGGAAGCUAUGGGAGAUUGGGUCAUGGAUUCUGUGACGACGUGAUGAUACCAACGCUGGUCACUGCACUGAAUGGUCACAAGAUUAUCCACGUUGCUUGUGGGAGUGGCGAUUCACAGACCCUUUGUGUGACAACGUCGGGAAUUGUCUUCUCCUGGGGGGAUGGCGACUAUGGAAAAUUGGGUCGAGGAGGUUCGGAUGGGUCCAAGACCCCGAAGAUAGUGGACAAACUCCUUGAUUUGAAUGUUGUGAGGGUAUUUUGUGGAGGGCAGUUUUCGGCCGCAUUGACUUCGCAAGGGAGUGUUUACACGUGGGGCAAGGGGGAUGGUUAUCGACUAGGACACGGGAAUGAGGAGCACGUGCGCUACCCGAAGAUCGUCGAGGCUGUGAAGAAUAAGAGAGUUCGGGAGCUCUCGGUGGGAAGUGGGCAUAUUUUGGUACUGACGGAAGAUCAGUUGGUGUACGGCUGGGGGAGAAACGACUUUGGGCAGAUAGAUCCUUCUUUGAAUUCAACGGUGUCCGAACCGACAUUGUGUCCGACUUUGUCUAGUAAGAGUAUUAUUGGUCUUGUCUGUGGGCCUACGCAGAGCUUCGCUUGGUCCACUUCGACCUGGUCGGUGGCGGCUAGAAUUGCCUUCGUGGUCGAUAUUUGUGAGGAGACCUUUAAGUUUCUAGACGUUCUGCUAGCGAAGUCGACCGAGGGUCUGCCGAUAACAAGACCACCGAGUCAGGACUUGGAGUGUUUACUCGUCUCGGCGUUGAAUUUACUCCGCCUCCAGUUACACGCCAUGAUCACUCAUAAUUUCGAUGUCAAAUCCAUAGGACUCGGUUCGGGUCCACUGUUAACUUCGAUAAAGCAGCGGUGCGUGAAUUUGGCCAGUAAUCCGGGUGUUUUGGCGACUAUUCAAUCGGCCGCGCAGGCUGUACUUCAGACCGGAUGGAGUAUUCUCCUGCCGACUGCUAAUGAACGAGCGAAUACCCUCUCGGCAUUCUUGACCAAUUCUCACGGAGUCGAGCAGAAUAUUAACAAGGGACAACAAUUCAUGGCGGACUUGUUAGUCUCCAGCUUGAUGGCCGACGGUGGUUUGGAACUCGCACUAAAUAUAGCGAUCAAGAACGAAAAUACAGAGAACCCAUUGUCAUCGCAUUCGAAUUCACUUUCUCCAGAAUCGUCCACUUCUGUAACGUCAAUUUCUUCAAAUCCGACAUCUUCCUCACCGGUUGCUCCCCCAGCGCCUGAGGUUCUACCAGGACCUUCGAAUUCAAUCACAACAACCGAAGGGAGCAAGGAAAAUAUAAUUUCCCUCUUUCAGCUGGUGAAACAAUUGAUCAAGAACGGAACUAGCAUCACACAGUCGCGAUUUCAAGCACUACAGCAAAAUCGAAAUGAACUGAAGAUUGACAAUUCGCCGAGUUUGAAUUUAUUGUUAAAAUUUCAGAGACUGCUGAUCGCGCAAAUGUUGCAUUCGAUUAGAAAAUCGGGUAAUGAUCAAGAUCUAUUGGGAGUGGAAUCAUUGUUGAAUAAAUAUAUUUGUCAUAUUUGUAAUCAUGUGAAGGAGAUUCUACCGUUGGGGACUGAAUUAGCGGGGGCGAAUAGUAAAUAUUUUGUCGUUGUGAUUGCGAUAUUGAAGGGGGAUAUUGUUAAUGUUCUCCUACCGGAAUUGAUUGUUUGUUUAAUUUUGUUGCAAAUCGAUUAUCCGAUGUUGUUGUUGAAUAUGAAUUGGAUGCAAAUUCUGGCACCGCUCUUGGAUAUUUUGGAUCAAUUUAAUAGAUUAUCGCCGACGGUGGAGAAGGACGAUGCGGACGAUUUAUCGUGGCCGGGGAUAAUAGCACCACAGCAUGGCGUUAGCAAGAGUGUACAGGACGAGCCGUCAUUGAUACGUUGGGCAGAUCUGGAGAAUCAUAAUCGUGACGGUGGUCUUUGGAUUGUGGUCAAUAAUAAUGUUUACGACGUUCAGGAUAUACGGCAUGAGGGAGCUUGGGAAAUUUUUAAUAGAUUAUCCACGAAUCGUGAGAAUGAAUCGAAUCAUAUUAAUUUGACGAAUAUUUCUCAUUUACAGGAUUCGCAAGCAAUGAUGGAUUCUUGUUUUGUGGGACAGUAUUGUCAGCCGGAGAUGGCAACGACGCAAUUUACGAUUGAAGUGACGGAUGUUUGUCUGUCUUUGCUGGAUAUGGAGAGGAGUUUGAGUUUUGUGAUGGGACUUCAUGCUUAUAGAUUGAGACAGAGUUUGGCGCUACAACCGGCUGAGGAGGAGGCGGGCGCUUGGUUAGAGGCGAAUUUUCUUCGUGGUGGUUUACAGAUUCUUCAGCCACCGAAUCCUUAUGAGGAGGAGAAGGGCGAGGCGCGUAGUAAUAAUUCAACGGCUGCGAAUUCACCGACGGAGCCAAUUGUUGUUUCGAUUUGCACCAAGGACGAAAUACCGAAAUUAACCGACGAUCGAAUGACGGCUUUUAUUCAAAAUUUAGCAGAGAAUCACAAGACUGAUACUUACGUUCAAUCAUUUUUGAAUAUUAUUGAUAGAUUUUGUAAGACGAAUAAUUUACUGUCACAUGUCGAUUUUUGUUGUGAUCAUCCGGUGGAGGAAAUUGGUCGUCUAUUGAUGGCUGUUAUUAUAAAGCACUUGGCUCUCGGUUAUCAGACACUUGCCCUGGUGGAUCAGGAAAUUGCCGAUGGAAAUGUUAAAUUAACGAAGGCACUAGCCGAUAUGGUGAAGAUAAUUCAUCAGACGAAGUGGAAUUUAAUAAGGACGAGGCAACAGCAAAAUCGAAGUUACAAAGAAGUUUGUGCACCGGCGCAGGAGAAGUGUCGUUUUCUGUUGUAUGAAGUGAGACCAGCGACUAGUGACGAAUUAAAAGGCCUUAAAGAUCUGAAAAUAUUGUAUACAGUUCCAAAGUUUAAGAAGGCUGUACAGACAGUUAUUACGGAUAUGAGGAAAAGUAGAGACUCCCCGGCAAAACCGGAAGACAUCGUGAAUGCUUCGAUUCAAAAUGCAAAAGUCAAGGCCGAUGAGAAGACACUGAUGUCGACACUGUCGCCGAAAUUAGAAGAUUUGUCGACAAUGACAAAUGUCAUUAAACAACUGACCGAUAAAGUGAAAUGCAAACCGUUGAUUGUCGACGGUAACGAACUGAUGAGAAAUAUAAUAAAUUUUGUCGUCUCUGAAGAAGGGAGUGAUAUUGAAACUCUACGUCGUGCAAUGUACUGUCAAACACAACGAGUAAAAAUGAGAGUAAAGGGUCUGCAUAUUAUUCAAGAAUUACUAAAAAAGGAACAUUUGAUAACGUCCGUGAAGUAUUCGUUACUAAACGGUUGGUUGGGACUGACACACGAGAAUAAAUUACUCUCGAGUGGAAUAUCGCAUUGCUUGAAGAAUAUUCAAUUGGUGACGCCUUAUUUGAGAGUGAAGGUGAUAUUGGCCGAGGCGAAGGUGACACAUUGGGCAGUGCAAGCAUUGAGGGCGUACGUUAUUCAAGCGGAAUUGUCCAGUAAACCGAAAGCGAGCGGCAAGAGUAGUUUGAAUCAGGAUACUUAUACGUGGCUGAGAAAAUUACCGAGAGCGAGAUUUAUUCUUACGAUUCUGGGUAUGUUGACAAAUUAUCAGCAUUCUAAUGAAAUUGGUCUUUUGAUAAAUUCAGGUGUGCUGUCGAGUGUUCUGACAUUGUUGAGACAAAUUGGACCGUCGUCGACGAGGAGUGUGGCGAAGGUCAAGGAGAAUGUGGCUAUUUACGAGGACGUGGUGCACAAGAGUAAACCGUCGGCUGUUCAACUCAGUGGAAUUGAAUUGGCCGCUCUGAUGAAAAUUAAUACCAAAGUUGUGCGUGGAGUCGAUUGGAAAUGGGGAGAUCAGGACAGUCCACCGCCGGGCGAGGGAACAGUUAUUGGCGAACUCGGCGAGGAUGGUUGGAUCCGAGUCAAAUGGGAUAAUGGAACGACAAACUCCUAUAGAAUGGGUAAAGAGGGAAAGUACGAUUUAAAAUUAGCCGAACCGCCAACACCGCCCGAGAGUGAUUCAGACGACGAUUCACCGAUCGACACAAAUAAAAUGGAUAAAGAAAGUGUUCGCGAACUACAUCCAACGACAUAUUUGAAAAAAGCCUGUACAAGUUUACUGCGAGUUAUUCUCCUCUCCUGUGGAAUUGAAGCAAACAGUGUUCAACCAUCGGCAAUAAAAACAAUCGCCUCCGUUCUCCGUGGCAUCAUAUCGUCCGCUAGUAAAAUGGACUCAAGCAUUCAAACCCAAUUGGCCAGGGAUCAUCACGAAAGUUGGGCAACUUUAGGCCUCUUGAAAGCAAUCGCAAAUUCCUCGAUACUCUGUCGAGCUCUCAGCACAUCCGCCUGGGUUGAUUUCCUCCUCUCAAUGGUUGUCGAAGAGAAUACAAACAUUUACAAACAGAUAAUUGCCAUUCGAUUUUUGAGUAUUGUUUUACCCUCCUGGUCGUCGACAGAGGCAGCGGCAAUGACGAAUUUUCUGGACAAGACCUUCAAGUUACUGGGACAAAUCGCCUUGAUGUGCGAUGCGGAAAUGAAUUCCGAACUCCAUGCCAAUAAGUGUCGGGUAUCCCUAACGGCGUCGAGAAGUUCAACACUAGUCGAGGAGCUAAUUUCCCUAAUUCGAUCUCUACACUCACUUGCCGGAUGGAAUUCGGCUUUGAAUCAAUUUCUAGCUUCUAAAUUAUCGUUGGCUUCGGAUUUAUUGAGCGAUGGUCCCUUGUUUCACAUCCAAAUGAACGAGAACGGUGGGGAGAAUAGUUUGAGUAUUCAACAGACGGUGAUGGCAGCUUUGAUUGUCGUUGGAGGUCUAGACGCGAGGCCAAGAAUCGGAGGACUCGUUGACAUCGACGGUCAAAUAGGGACUAUAUGUAAAUUGACCCAACACUCGAAGUUGAUUGUCCAACUUCAUGACACUGGUUCUAAAAAAAAAAUCCCCUUCGUAGGUUUAAAAAUACUCGGUGAUAAAUUCCAUCUCGAUAGAAUGUUGAUGGCCGAGCCGCUUUUGACAAUUUGGGGUAAUUUACUAUUGGGACACUGUGGAAUGGAUAAGAGACCGGGAGGAAUGCCGGUAAUCGCCGGAGCGGUGAAUAUAUCGAUAUUGAGAAUGCAGCAACAGCAGUUGGGGGCUUUGAAUGCGGCAAAGACGUUAAUUGAUCAUCAGGCGAAAUUGAGAAGAGUUUUGAAGUGCCACACACUGGAGGAGGACGAGGAGGAAGGACGGCAGCAGAAUCGAAAGACCCUGUUUCAGGUUCUUUUGGCCAGGGCUAUUAAACCGCAACCAUUGAAGCCGAUUUUCAAGCAGGCGGAGCUGGAGAGCGCGGCGUUGGCAGUGUCGCAGUAUUUAGCAUCCGAGCUGAGACAUACGCCGAUUCAUCGAGGUGGUGGAGCAGGAUCCGAACCCGAAACUCCGGCUUCGGAUUGUUCUCUACUGUCGUUGACGUCGAGUCAAAAGAGACAUUGCAAAUCGGAGAAGAAGGGCAUUCAGAUGUGUCCGCUAGUGACCCAGUUGAGGGAAAUGGGGUUUCAUCGGAAGAACGUGGAGUUUGCGAUCAAGAACCUGGGGGAGAGUAACCUGACAGUGGAGACGGUGGUCAGUUGGCUGUUGGAGAACGCCGAUACGAUAUUGAGUGAUAUUGAGACGUUGUCGAGUUUGGACGAUCUUUCGGACUCGACGGACGAGUCUAGUGACGAUCAGGAUGAGACUCCGUCUGCUUCGAACGACUUAGUGUCUUGUUCCCAGCCCUCUUUUAUGAAACGAACGGAUUUUUUGUCUGUCGACGAAUACGCGAUUUAUGUUCGCGAUAAUGUUACCGCGGGUAUGUUGGUACGCUGCUGUAAAACUUACGAGCAGGUCGAGUAUGGGGACGUUGGUCAAGUGGUGAAAAUCGACCCCGAAGGACUACAUGACCUGAAUGUGCAGGUCGCCUGGCAGCAUAAGGGCGAUUCCUACUGGGUACGCUUCAUACAUAUCGAAUUACUAGGACAUCCUCCGACAUUGCCUGGCGGUCCUUCGGCACUAAAAGUCGGCGACAAAGUAAGAGUGAAACCUUCCGUAGCAGUUCCGAAGUACAAAUGGGGUUCGGUCAAUCAUCAAAGUGUUGGGGUAGUGACAGGGAUUGUCAACAACGGUAAAGAUGUCUCUGUGGAUUUUCCCCAACAGAGCAGUUGGACCGGUUGUGUCGCCGAGAUGGAUCGGGUACCUUCCUGUCACCAUGCGGUCUCCUGCAAUUCUUGUCAUUUGUCACCGAUAUCAGGACCUAGGUUCAAGUGUAAAGCUUGUGAGAACUUUAAUCUUUGUGAAAAUUGCUUCUAUACGAAACGAUCCCACAGGCAUGGGUUUAAUCGAAUUGCGGAGCCGGGUUCGGCGGCGGUGUACGCGGGCAAGCCGGGAAGGUACCACAGACAGGAAUUUUCGGAGACGACGGUAAUUGACGAUUGGUCGAAGUGUAUACGAACUUUGAGUGUUUCUUCGAGGGAGAGUUGGGCGACGAGAUUGGUGGAUGGUUCGGAGAAGUAUUGGCAGAGUUGUGGAGCGUUGGGUAAGCAUUGGAUAAGAUUGGAGAUGUUGUCGGGAAUUUUGGUGCAGUCGUUGAAGAUUGUUAUCGAUCCGCAGGAUAGUAGUUAUACGCCGAGUUUGAUAGCGAUUAGUGUGGGUGAGAGUUUUUCAAAUCUUGUGGAAUUGGUGACGGUUACGCCGCGCGCUACUGAUACGACAGUGACGUUGUUGUAUGAUAUUAAGGAGUAUUAUCCGUGUGUGGAAAUUGGGGUGAAACAGUGUCGGAAUGGGGGGAUUGAUUGUAAGAUCUAUGCUUUGCAGAUUGUUGGUAGGAAGAAGUUGUAUGAGAAUCAAUUGGCGAAUUCGGUGUCGUUUUUGGCUUCUGAUUGGGAGGUGGUGCAGGAGCAGAUGAUGGCGCAACGGGCUAGUGAUGUGCAGCAGCAUUCGGCGGUUUAUGUCUGGGGUCUUAAUGACAAGGAUCAGUUGGGGGGUCUGAAGGGCUCGAAGAUCAAACUUCCGGUGUAUAGUCAAGUACUCUCGAAGUUGAAACCUAUUCACAUUGCCGGAGGGAGUAAAACCUUGUUUAUCGUCAGUCAGGAAGGAAAACUUUAUGCUUGUGGCGAAGGAACGAACGGACGGUUGGGACUGGGUGACAAUAAUAACGUCUAUGAGCCGAAGCCGAUUCCCUUUCUGAGUCAGUACGUCAUCAAGAAAGUAGCCGUACAUUCCGGUGGUAAGCACGCAUUGGCCCUAACGCAGGACGGAAAGGUAUUCUCCUGGGGCGAAGGGGAGGACGGCAAGCUCGGCCACGGGAAUCGGAGUUCUUUGGACAAACCGCGAUUGAUCGAGAACUUGAAAUCGAAACGUAUUCGGGAUAUCGCUUGCGGUUCGGGGCACUCCGCCGCAAUUGCCAGCAAUGGCGAAUUGUACACUUGGGGUCUCGGAGAAUAUGGUCGACUAGGACAUGGAGACACAGCCACCCAAUUGAAACCGAAAUUAGUGGACGCUUUAGUAGGACAGAGGGUGAUUCAAGUCGCCUGUGGUAGCAGAGACGCACAAACGAUGGCGUUGACAGAAAAUGGUUCCGUCUAUUCCUGGGGCGAUGGAGACUUUGGUAAACUAGGAAGAGGAGGAAGUGACGGUUGUUACACGCCCUUGUUGGUCGAUCGCUUAAACGGAUUGGGAGUCGUUCAGGUGGAGUGUGGGGCACAAUUUUCCCUCGCCCUGACAAAGUACGGAGAGGUUUGGACCUGGGGGAAAGGGGACUACUUUCGGCUGGGUCAUGGAAAUGAUAACCACGUGCGUAGGCCGACGGUCGUCGAGGGACUUCGAGGAAAGAAAGUGGUUCAUGUCGCGGUUGGUGCUUUGCACUGUCUGGCAGUUACGGACCUGGGUCAGGUUUACGCUUGGGGGGAUAAUGACCAUGGACAGCAGGGAAAUGGAUCUAUAAUCGUCAAUCGAAAACCGUCGAUUGUUCAUGGUUUGGAAGACGCGAAGGUGAAUAAAGUCGCUUGUGGGUCUAGUCACAGUGUCGCUUGGAUUUUGACCGAUCAACCGGCGAGUAGUAACCAGGAGCCGGUUACUUUUCCAACGACCAAGGAUCCUUUAGGACAGGCAAUGCUUGGAAUUUCGGAGGUUGUGAACGAGACAGAGGUGACUUUGACGAAAAAUAUCAGACCUUCCCUAUCGAAUAUUAUUCUCUCCCUCGAGAGUAAUAUCGCUAAACAGCAGGCUUUGCAGCAUGUGAUUAAGGCUCUGCAUAUAAUGCAGGCGAGAUUUGCGAUUGUCACAGCUUUGCAAAGUCAUGUCACUUUGUCGUCUUUUAGAAAAACUUUGCCGGAGAAUGGAAAUGGGGAUUCGUCGACGGUGUAUCAGAAUGUGGGGGAAAUCGCGCAGGGUGGUGGAGAGGCGCCGGCGAAUCCUUCGGAGGUUCUUAGUCCUAGAGCUACGCCCGAAUCGGAGGAAUUUCCUCUGGCGAUCUUUCCAUCGAUGUCGAGUUCUGCGAGUCUUUCUUCUAGGGCGUCGAGAAUGUCCGCCAGUGCUAUGAGUGUGAUAGCAGCGACCCUGACUUCAAACGCACAGGUCGUGGGGGAAGUGAUAAUGGAUAGUGGAUCCCUGGACGAAUUCACAUCUGGACUUAGUGAGGACGACGCUAGAAUGCUUGUGGACCUGCUGAAACUCGCCGUGGCCCAACGAGUGUGCGAAGGAGCAAAGUCUAUCAUCUCUUCUGUACUGAUUUCCCUAGGUAAAGUAAAUUCUAACGUUGGUAAUAUGAUUCUAGAGUUGUGUGUCACCGAACUUGAGGACGCGGCAGCGAAUUCGAAUUGCGCCAGCAAUAGUCCGCAGCCGAUUGUGCAGGAGACGCCGCAUCCGUAUAUUGAUGACACGACCCUGACGGGGCAUGUAAAAAUUCCCGGGGCCGAAGCAUUGAGAGUGGAAUUCGAUAGGUUGUGUUCGACCGAAAGGCGGCAUGAUCCACUGACUUUGAUGGACGGGACUGGGAGAGUGAUCGCAAUAAAGUCAGGACGGGAAUGGAGUGAAUGGUCAACAGAGCUACGAAUUCAGGGCGAUGAGUUAAGAUGGAGAUUUUCUUCCGAUGGAUCAGUGAACGGUUGGGGGUGGCGCUUUACAGUUUACCCGAUAAUUGCCACCUUGGCGCCGCAUGAACUCGGAUCUGACAGAGCGGUUCUGUCGCAACCUUCGAUAGCACUCGUUGAGUGUUUGUUGGAUAAUAGUUUGAUAAAUUCGGAUAAGAAUAUAAUUACCAGACUUGCCGCGACCCUGGCGCAGUGUUCACAGUUGGGUAACUUGUCCGCUCAGCAACGAAUGUGGGCUUUGAGAAAAUUGCAGGUGGUGUAUCUGAGUGGACCGAGUAUUCGUCAGGAUUCGGCUUUGUCGAGUCUGUUGGGGUCCCUCCCACAGGCAUUGCUAAGACAGUACGAGUAUGAAGAUCCGAUUGUUCGGGGAGGAAGACAAUUGAUGCAUAGUGAUUUUUUCAAGACCCUGGUGGCGUUGGCCUGUGAUUUAGAAUUGGAAACAAUGCCCUGCUGUUCGGAAAUACACAAGUGGUCCUGGUUUAGGAGAUAUUGUCUAGCGGCGAGAGUGGCGAAGUCGUUGAUAAAUCGGACCGUUUUGCCGAAGAGUUUCUGCAGUGAGGUGGCUAAGCGGAUCAAUGAAAUGGUGACGGACGAGGAUGGGAAUAUGGAUCAGGAGAAUCAUGGGAUUUUUAAGCAUGAGCAUGAUGAACAAUUGUUGCAGUGGUUGAACAGGAGACCGGAGGAUUGGACGUUGUCUUGGGAUGGAUCGGGGGCGAUCUACGGCUGGGGGCAUAAUCAUCGAGGACAGUUGGGAGGAUUGGAGGGAGCGAAGAUUAAGGUGCCGUCGCCUUGUGAGAGUCUUUCGGCGUUGAGGCCGAUUCAGUUGGCGGGAGGUGAGCAGACGUUGUUUGCGGUCACUGCGGACGGGAAGGUUUAUUCGACCGGGUAUGGAGCAGCUGGACGGUUGGGAAUUGGAGGCACUGAUUCGGUGAUGGUACCGACUUUGCUCGAGUCGAUCCAACACGUGUUCAUCAAGAAAGUCGCUGUGAAUUCGGGGGGAAAGCAUUGUCUGGCACUGAGUUCGGAGGGUCACGUCUACUCUUGGGGCGAAGGGGACGAUGGAAAGUUGGGUCAUGGGAAUCGAUUGUCGUACGAUAAGCCGAAAUUGAUUGAGGCACUGCUGGGAACGGAGAUUGUGGACGUGGCGUGUGGGGGACAUCACAAUGCGGCGAUUACGAGCGCAGGUUGGCUGUACACUUGGGGCAAGGGUCGAUACGGACGUCUGGGGCAUGGAGACAGUGACGAUCAGUUGAGACCGAAAGUUGUUUACGCUCUGAAGGGGUAUAAAGUGAUUGACGUUGCUUGUGGAAGUGGAGACGCGCAGACACUCUGCGUGACUGAUGAUGAUAAUGUCUGGAGUUGGGGCGAUGGGGACUAUGGAAAAUUGGGACGAGGAGGAAGCGACGGUUGCAAGGUGCCAAUGAAGAUAGAGAGCCUCGCGGGACUUGGAGUGAUAAAGGUCGAGUGUGGAAGUCAAUUUUCAGUGGCAUUGACAAGAUCGGGCGCUGUUUACACUUGGGGCAAGGGUGACUAUCAUCGUUUGGGUCAUGGAACCGAUGAUCAUGUUCGCAGACCCAGGAAAGUCGCUGCUCUUCAGGGGAAGAAGAUAAUUUCGAUAGCGACUGGUUCGUUGCAUUGUGUCGCAUGUUCGGAUAAGGGGGAAGUGUUCACGUGGGGCGAUAAUGAUGAGGGGCAAUUGGGCGAUGGAACGACGAGUGCAUUGCAGAGUCCGAGAGUUGUUCACACUUUGCAGGGGAAGAAAAUAACUCGAGUCGCGUGUGGAAGUGCUCACACUUUGGCGUGGAGUACGACAAAGACGACGCAGAGUAAAUUACCGGCUGUGACGCCAAUGGAAUACGAUUUGGUGAAGGAUCUGUCGUUCUCGGCUUUGCGCAAUCGACUCGUUUUGCUUCAUCAUUUUUCAGAGUUGCUGUGUCCGAAUAUCGCCAUGUUCAGCACUUCUGGUCAUUUGGGUUUGAGUAAAUUGGCACCGAUGUUGGUCUACAGUAUAAAGGAGGCGACUUUCAGAAAAGUGGUGCAAGCGACGAUGGUCAGAGAUCGACAGCAUGGUCCCGUCAUUGAAUUGAAUCGAAUUCAAGUGAAGAGAUCUAGGAGUAAAGGUGGUCUGGCUGGUCCCGAUGGAAUAAAAUCCGUUUUCGGACAAAUGGUUGGGAAAAUGUCCUUCCUCACGCAAGAAGUCCUCUUCCUUCCUCAUCGUGUCUGGAAAGUCAAAUUUGUCGGCGAGAGUGUCGACGACUGUGGCGGAGGUUACAGCGAGAGUAUAGCAGAGAUGUGCGACGAACUUCAAAAUGGUUCCCUACCAUUAUUAAUUCCAACUCCAAACGGACGUGACGACAGUGGAACGAAUAGAGAUUGCUUCCUGUUGAAUCCGCUGGCAACUUCUCAAUUACACAUGAAUAUGUUCCAAUUUCUGGGAAUUCUGAUGGGAAUUGCAAUAAGAACUGGAAGUCCAUUGAGUUUAAAUUUAGCCGAACCGGUGUGGAGACAACUCGCUGGAAUUUCAUUAACACCGGCAGAUUUGACGGAGGUUGACAGAGGUUACGUACCGGGAUUACUAUGUAUCAGAGAUAUGGAUCCAGACGAAAAAGUCUUUCAGAGUUUGGAAAUGCCAUUUUCAACUCCUUCUGCUGUCGGUCACGAUGUUCCAUUAUCCAAUAGAUAUAAAAAAAUAACACCAGAGAAUAGACGAGAAUAUGUGAGAUUAGCUCUUAAUUAUAGACUUCAUGAAUUUGAUGCACAAGUGAAUGCGGUACGAGAAGGUUUAUCGAAAGUUGUUCCUGUUCCAUUGUUAACUUUAUUCAGUGGUUCUGAGUUGGAAACAAUGGUCUGUGGAAGUCCAGAUAUUCCACUUAGUUUAUUGAAAUCAGUAGCAACAUAUAAAGGAAUAGAAGCCACGUCUCCUUUAAUGCAAUGGUUUUGGGAAGUUAUGGAAGAAUUUUCAAAUCAGGAAAGAUCACUAUUUCUUCGUUUUGUUUGGGGGAGAACUCGUUUACCUCGAACGAUUGCCGAUUUCCGUGGAAGGGAUUUUGUUAUACAAGUAAUGGACAAAUACAAUCCACCGGAUCAUUUUUUGCCAGAGAGUUACACGUGCUUUUUCCUAUUAAAAAUGCCAAGAUAUUCGUGUAAACCAGUUUUACGACAAAAAUUAAAGUACGCAAUUCAUUUUUGCAAGAGUAUUGACACUGAUGAAUAUGCAAGAGUUCAAGCAGCGACAAAUUCUGAUACCGAUGAUACAGACAGUCUCGCCAGUGAGGAACAUACGUCUCUCUAGCAUUAACAAGGAUCAUUGAAAUUAUUAUUAUUUCGUCUUGAUUUUUGCCAAAAUUCCAAAUCAAUUUUCUUUAUCAUUAUUAUUUUUAUUAUUACCACACAUUUUGCUUCUUGAGAAAAUUAUCAUUUUCCCUUCAGUAUUCUAUCUUCCAAUGCAGCGAAUUGGCUUUUUAAAAAAAUCGAGCACAAAAAAAGACUUUUUUAAAAAAGAAUGUUUGAAUUUUGUGAUAUAAUUGGACGCCUAUAUGCGCCUAGAGAUCGUGAUAUUUUUAUGUAAAUAAUUAUUCUAAGGUAUGUUAUUUUGUUUUCUAGUCUUAUUUAAUAUUCUCUGCAAUAAUAGAUUUUUUUUCUUUAAAAAAUAAAGAAAUAACAGUGCGUAAGUGUAUAAAGAAAAGUGUAAGCGAAAAAUUGUAAAUUAAUUGUAUGGCAGUGUGAAUAAUAUCUGAGACAGUGUCAAUUUAAAUGCAUUGUUUUUUUCUUUCGUAAAUUCAAAAUUGUAUAGUUUAGUUAAAAAAUAUUAGAGAAAAUUCACUUAUAAAUUUAUAGAUAUUAAAUUAAAUUAUAAUUAA